UUCUAUACACCUCUUAAAAAAAACAAAGUCGUGUAACAUUCUCUCUCUCUCUCUGUUUAUCUUCCCUCGCAAUCUUCUUGAUCAUCCUUCAAUAACAUGUCUAAAGAAGAAAACCUAUCACAGCCAAAGCCAUCAGAGACUGAAGAACCGAAGGGUGCAGCGGACAAGUUAUUGUUAGAUGGUGAAACUAGUGACUGGUCGACCUUAACUAGAGAUCAUCGGGAUUGCCAGACCCCGAGUUCCAUCGAUCACAGGAUCCCUACUUCCCAGAGCUGCCCUGCAACUCCUCGUAAAACGGUUCAGCGAAAGAGGAAACGCUCGGAGUCGUCGGAGCCACAGUUUUUUGAGACCACAAGAGGCGAGGAGGUAGAGUCGUUUUUCCGUUCCAAUUUCAAGCUAUCUAAAGUGACUAGGUCUCGUGACCAUAAAAGAAGAUCUACCAGCAUGUAUAAACAUCAGGAGGAGGAGUCGCGGUAGUGCCAAGACACUCAUCGUAGAACGCAUGGCGAUGGACGGGAAGGCGGAUGUUUAGGCCCAGGGCCAGGAAAGCACUUGAAAUUAAAUGAUCGGUCCCAAAUGAGGGAAAUUUAAGGUAUAUUUACAUCAUUCUGGAUGCUUCUUUGGUUCUCCAACGUUCCAAUCUCACACAACAGGCAACGACCCGAAAGCCAAAGAAAACCGAUAUAUCUUGAGUUAUUGUGACACUCAUGAUGUGGUCUUCUGCUAAAACUCAUACUCCAAGAGUUCAUGUUAUGAACUUCAUAUUGCACAUUGGUGAUUUGUAAUCUGCCUAUUUGCUCCCUGAAGAUUCAAUGAUAUCUCUGUUCUAUUUGUUGAUUCCGUGAA